GCCGAACGAUUGGCGGAUUAUGGAAGAUUAAUGGGUGGUUCGCAACCGUCACUCGAUGGCAAAAGACGCGAUUUAGAUCGUAUUCAGGAUUUGUUUCCUCAUGAUUAUCUCGGAUUACAUGAGCAGGAGCCCUCCAUAAAUAAUGCCAAAACUAGAUCGUUUCGCAAGAAAUCCCUCGGAGAUCUACACAUACAAGAUCACGGCGUAUGUCAAACAAAUCGAAUAUUCAUCAUGGAGGCACCCUGCGCGAUGGCACCCACACAGGCUUCCCUUCAGGCGAAGGCAAGGCACCUGUUCCUCUUCUCCGAUCUGCUGUUGGUGGCGAAACCGCGCACCGGUGGCAAUUUUAAGUUGAAGGAAAGCGUGCGCGUAUCCGAAUUGUGGUUAGCCCCAUAUUCGGAGUGCGAAACCGGCUUCCUAUUGGGUUACCCUGCGCCUGCAAGGACGUACAUCGUAACGUUCUGCACGCAAGCAGCUCGAGAUUCCUGGUGGAGGGAGCUGCAGCAAGCCUUGUCCGCCCAGCUGAGGCUCGAGCCACCCACCACAAACAUUAAAGUGAUAUACCGCGACCCACAAAGCGGAACGGAAUGCUCCAAAACUCUUGGUAUCGGUCCCGAAACAAAUACCGGAGAUAUUGCCAGAUUAGCUUUAGAUGACUCUCGCGCCUCGGAAAAUACCUACACUCUAUGGGCACGAGAACGCGAUGCAGCCCCUUGCCCAUUGCUCGGUUGCGAACGCCCCCACUCCAUUCAGCUAGCAAGAUUGCGACAGUCGCUGUGCGCGGAAGAAGGUUUCGAUCUCACCCACUGUAACAAUAACCGAAUUCCAAGCGGAAUAAUCUUCGAGCUCAAACCCACUUGCAAACCGACACCAAAAAAAACACCCUUGAAACUGUUUCGGAAGAGUAGCGGCCGAAUUUUUGGAGUAGCUUUAACAAGACUGUGUGUAAAUAGUACUUUACCUCCUGCCAUUAGUGUAAUUUUAAGAGGGCUAUUUCAAAGAGGCCCCCAUACUCAGGGAAUUUUCAGACGUUGCGCCUCUGCUAGGGCACUCAGGGAACUUCGCGAGAAAAUUGACAAUCACUGUACGAAUGUGUGCGAGGAGCUGGCGAACACUAACGCGUUGCUAUUGGCCUCAUUGCUGAAGGAUUUUUUACGAAGUCUUCCCGAGCCUUUGCUGAAUGGCAACGUGCAAGAGUGGCUUAACGCCGCCAGUUCGGGCCGAAUCGAACACAUCAGAAGACUGCUGAGUUUGCUGCCCAGAGAGAACCACACGUUGUUAGCGCACGUCUUGUGCGUUUUGUAUCACGUCGCGAAAAGGGCGAGGUAUAAUCUGAUGACUGCGGCGAAUUUGGGCUUAUGCGUCGGGCCGAGUUUGCUGUGGGAGUCAAGCCAGAACGCUCCCAUGCGUACCUUGCCCACACUAAUCGAGCUGCUCAUCAAUAACUGCCAGUCAUUGUUCGGGCCCCAAGUUGUCUCGCUUUUGGGAGAGGCGGCCAGUGACAGCGGCGCCGAGGAGUCGGACAGUCUGCAUUCUUUAGGUCUUUCGUUAGACAGCGCGGAGUUGAGCAAGGAUCAGAAAUCUCUGAGUCGUGAUUCAGGGCUUACGUUAUCGGAGGACGACAGGGACAGUCCUGGUUUAAGCUUCACAAAUACCAACAACUUCCAUCGCUCCGACUGGGCCAGACAAGCGGCUCGAAUGCGUUCGUUCGACAACGCGUGGAUCGAGGAAGACGAGGCCUUCUGUACGUCCAAUGAGAGCUUGUGCGGUCCGCCGAUUCCACCACGUCGACCCCCUGUGCUACGACAUCUGCCCCCCGUUCACUUGCCUCCAAUCUACCGACCUCCACCUCCCCCGCCGCCCACUUACGCCACAGCAAGACUGCUUUUAGUUACGGAUUCUGAAAGUGAAAGUUACGUUUAGGUUAUUUUUUAAUUAGGUAUGUGUACAUUUGUAAAUAUUGUUAUUUUUUACUUUUUUCAAGUAUUUUAUACUGUGUUCAAGCCAUGAAAUUAGCUUUGUAAAAUAUAUAAAGAUGUUAGUGCUAUAUCGUGCAAAAGUAUAAGUAUGAUUACCUACAAAACUAGUUAAGAUUUUUUUAAAUACAUGUACGAAUCAAAUAAAUG